GGUGUGGAUUUUGAUGCGAGCUUCAGUGGGAACAAACAGCGUUCUAUGACUUACUAUGCCGGGAAUGGGACAAAAUUUGUGUUCAAUCGUUUGGAUGAAAACCCAGCCGAAGACGGGUUCGAUCUCUACGCCAAACCACUUUUUCAGGCUGCGUAUGGAACUCAGUGGUUUGUCCACUGUCUGUACACGAUUCGAUCUACUUCAGACAAACCCCCAGUUUCCCCCCAAUCUAUCAACAGAGACAAACGUUCUGCAAAUUCGGAUUUUCCAGAAGAAGACAGUGACAUAUAUGACUAUCAUCACGCUGUUUUCGAUCCUCUUCACAACGAGGAUCUGUCCAGAGUGCGACGAUCUCUGGAGCACACGAGACACGCCGAAUCAUCUGAUCGUCGGGACUCGAAUAAGCAAACCAGGCGACGGAAAAACAAGACGAAAUUCAGGGACAAAUCAUCUGUUUCAGCAUCAGAUCUGCAUAAUAUCGGUGUCGGUGGUCGAGGCACAAAUAUGCGUCGUGUUCCAUUAGCAUCUGUUGAACCCGGUUCGACGCCAGAGGAACCAGAAACGGCGCAAACCAUCAACACGGUGCCGCGAUUUGAAAUGGAUCCCGUGGUGCUGAGCUCGUACGUGGCACCGUGGGCAGUAGUCGCGACAUCUGCCGCAUUGCUGAUGUUACUUUUCGCAGCCAUAGCUGGUAUUGCAGCUUGGUGUCGCUCCAGGUCAUCAGUGCGAACUGAGCGACGCGCAGUGACCAUAAGCGUGCCACACGGAAAUUCGCGAGUGAUCGUCAGCAACGCCUUGCCGCAAAUGUACGGCGAGACGUCAGAAGUGUGAUUCCCAAUUUGAAAUCCUCGCUUUUUUUUUUGCAGCGAUGAUGAUGAUGAUGCGUGAAAGAUUUCAAAGAAUCUCUGUCAAGGUUGCAUUCAGGAAAUCUACCGUGCCAUUUAUGCACCUCCUGACUCGAAAGCAAAAUCGGGUGUUUUUUUCUGUUUUCGGAGAUUUCGCGUGUACGUUUUUACUCACACGCAUUUUCUUUGUUAUUUUCGAAGGAGCUUUUGUGAAGUUUGAUUCUUCAGGCAGGAGUGAUUGCGAAUUUUUUCUACUGAGCAGCCGUUUGUGUUGAAAUUUUGUCAAUAAAGUGUGAUUGAUCGUGA